AUGGCCUCAGGCAGCUUCCCUAAGACUCAGACAGCUAUUAUCCAGCACGAAAAUGGAGCGCUCAGGAUCACUCACGGCCUUCCCAUUCCUGAGCUUUCCCCCAACCAGAUGCUGGUGAAAACCACUGCUGUGGCCCUCAACCCUUGUGAUUUCAAGAUGCCGUUGCGAUUUCCCACCCCUGGCCUUUGGGAUGGCUGUGACUUUGCGGGAACAGUUGUCGCACUGGGGAGCGAGGCAGCUGCGCAAGGGCUGUUUCGUGUCGGAGACAUGGCUUUUGGUGCUGUUCAAGGGUCCAACCUCUCCGAUCCCAUGUCUGGGGCGUACUGCGAAUACGUGCGGACGGAUCCCGAGCUGGCGUUCCGAGUUCCAAAGGGGAUGGCAUUGACAGAUGCUCCAUCCAUAUCGGGAACUGGCAUUGCGACACUAGGAGUAGCACUCUUUUGGUCUCUUCAGCUGCCUGGGACCUUUGAGGCACCUGCAGCCAAGGCGGAGGAUGUGCUGAUUUAUGGAGGAAGCAGCACUAUCGGACUUCUAGCAAUCCAGAUGGUCAAACUCUGUGGCCACCGAGUUAUCACUACAUGCUCACCUCACAACACUGAUUUGGUUCGAUCAUACGGAGCUGAUUUGGUGUUUGAUUACAGCUCGCCUACCUGUGCCGAAGACAUCCGGGUGGCUACCAAAAACACAUUGCGCUUCGCCCUUGAUCCAUUUGCGGAAGCAAAGACAGUCCGGCUAUGCUACGCGGCCAUAGGCCGUACAGGGGGCAGGUAUUGUGCCCUCGAGCAAUAUCAGGAGAGCCUUUGCACUCGAAAGACUGUUAAGCAUGAGCUAGUGAUGGGAGGUGCUAUUUCCGGACAAGGCGUUGAGCUCCCAGAGCCAUAUGGGAUUGCCCCCCGGCCCGAGAUCGGUAACUGGGCUCGUAAAUGGUACCGUAUCGUUCAAGAGCUUAUUGAUGAGGGAAAGCUGAAGCCAUGUCCUAUGCAAGUCCUCAGCGGCAAAUUUGAAGGAAUCUUAGAGGGACUUGAUUUGCUUCGAAAUGGGAAGGUGUCGGGUAAAAAGCUCGUCGUGCCUAUGAUUGAUAUGUAG